UUUUUUUUUUAAUUUUGACGUAUCAUGCUUGUUUAGAAAGUGUUGUUUUACAAAACGCACAACACAAACAAAAAUAAAAAUAUGAAAUUAAACGAAAAUAUUAAAAUUAUAGGAUCAAAUGUUAUUCUUGUUCCUUAUGAAGAAAAACAUGUGGAAAAGUACCACAAAUGGAUGAAAAACCCCGAACUGCAAGAACUAACCGCCUCCGAACCAUUGACGAUAGAAGAAGAAUAUCAAAUGCAAGCUACUUGGCGUAAUGAUGAUGAUAAGCUAACUUUUCUUGUAGUUUCUCGCCAGAUAUUUUCUGAUACCCAAGAUGAAAUAGAAUCCCUAGUUGGUGAUACAAAUCUAUUUUUACGCAUUGAUGAAGAUGAGGAAAAUAAUAAGGAAAUUCGAGUUGCUGAAGCUGAAAUAAUGAUUGCAGAAACUGCAUUCCGCGGCCAGCGAUUAGGAUGGGAGGCAAUGUUACUUUUGUUAAAAUAUGUUCAAAAACAUCUGCCUAUAGACAAAUUUGAAGUUAAAAUAGGAUUUGAUAAUGUAAAGAGCAUAAAUAUGUUUGGUAAAAUGAAAUUUGUAGAAUCAUAUCGAACGGAUGUCUUCAAAGAAGUCACAAUGGAACGGCCAGUCACAAAAGAUUGGAUCAGUUGGUUAGACAAACAAGUGCAAUUAACUGUGGAACAGUAUAAAAACCACCUGUAAUAAACUUACAAACAAAA